CGGACGCGGGUCGCUGAGCUGUGACUGCUUUUAACCCUACAUUAACCCUACAUCCACGUUCAGAACCCGUGCCCUGAAAAUAAAUGUCACGUGAUAUGAAAUAUUUGUCUUCGCUUGUUGCGCCACUGCAGAGAGAAGAAGAGCAGAACAAACAGUUAUAGUAGAGAACACAGCAACAAUGUCAAUCUACGACCAGGUCGAGAUCGAGGACAUGCUCUACGACUCUGACCAGCAGCUGUUCACCUACCCGUGUCCGUGCGGCGACAAGUUCCAGAUCACGCUGGUUGACCUUCUCGAUGGCGAGAACGUGGCGGUCUGUCCGAGCUGCAGCUUGAUGAUUCAGGUUAUUUUCGAGCCGGAGGAUCUUGAGGAAGUCGCUGCUGAGUCUGGAUUGGAGGUGCCGGCGUCGCAGCAGGUUGCUGCCUCGGCGUGAGCGGUAUUCUGUCUGUCUGCAGCGGUCUGCAGACGAUAAAGAACAGUCAUGCCGUUCUUAGUAUCUGUUGGAUAUACGGUAUGAUACUGCACUCAAGCAGUUAGCAGUCAGCAGCCAGUAGUCAGCUAGCCGAGCCGAGACGGGUUGGUUCUCGUCCGACUUCUACGAUGAGCACAUGCUACAUGAGUACAUGCUACAUGAGCUACAAUGCACAGUGAACAAUGCAGUCAAUCACCGCAGCUUAUUGAUCGCUGAGUCUGCUCCAACAGUCUGAAAGCAGUUCGUGAACAACCUGCAAGCAAUCUACAGGCUCCCGCUCUACGCUACGGCUCCACCAAGUCACUAUCAACGUGCAUCUACUCACACGCCCUCACAACAUCAAC